UAUCAUUCCGUACACUGACUGUUCGAUCAGUUUCAUCUAGUUUUAGCGUUCCAUCGUCGAUCGAAAUUGUCGUGUUUUCUGCAAGUCAGAAAGCAACGAAGCAAAUUUUGAACGGAAAAUCAGAAAGUCUCCGUCAAAACGAAAAACCGGACAAUGUCUUUCAUGUGUAAUUCGUGUUUCACUUAUAUGGAAAGAGGCCAAAUGCCCGGUGGACCGUGCAUUUUAACCUCUUGCUUCCACAUUCUCUGUAACGCCUGUUCACGCCGCAUUCGCAACAAUGAAUGCACCACUUGCGCCAAACAAUGUAAGAUUGUAACGAUCGGAAAAGAUAUGCCACUGGCACUGAAGGCGUACUUUGAACCACCGUUGUCGAAAAUCGAGAAAAUCCAGCAACAAUUUAAGUUUCUGAAACAACAACAGGAGAUCGCAUUCAAGGUAAAAUCUGCAAUCGAAUUCAAUCAGAAGAAGAAAGAGCUUCGCAUCAAGAAGAUUUUGGAUAUGGAAAAGCAGGUGAAGGCCGAAGAGCAACGUCUUGAGAGAGUCGUCAAACAGAAGAUGGAAGCGUAUCGUCGCAUGAAAGAAAAUUAUCAGAAACUUAAAACCGACGAAAUGCGUCUACGACAGGCUUUGAAAAAAAUUGGACGUCCAGUGGAUAAAGAUUUGUCUGCUGACUCCGGAAUCUCCUUCGAGAAGUCUGCGUAAGGUCGCUUUGAAAACUGAAUGAUGACAUCAAUCUUGGGCCUGGAUAAACACAUCAGAAACAAAAUACUUGGAUUUCACAUUUAAUUUGACUUUAAUCGAUCGUUUUGUAAAGAACAAUUUUUUUUAUGCAAAUAAACGACGUUGAUACAUAAUAGUUGC